GUCAUUACUCUUUCUCUUUUCUCUCUCUAGCUUCUCUUCUUUCUCUCUCUACUAAAUUUUACAUUAACUUUUGCUUAUUUUUCUUACCAACUAAUUAUUUUUUCCUGGACGUUUAUUAGACAAAAUAUCAGCUUCUGGGCAAUUCAAAAAUCAUAUAAAAUCAGAAGAAAACCAAACAAGAAGGUGAAAUUUUCAAGCCCAAAAAAAAAAGAAGCCAAAAUUCAAUAAAGUUUUCUUCAGUAAAAAGCUUCAAUGGAGGUCAGAGUACUAAAAGUAGCUCAAAAUCUGAAAUGGGUAUCUUUUAUCUUCCCACUAUUAGCUCAAUUUCUUUAUGAUUCAGAGAAAAAAGAGGGGUUUCUGUUCUUAAUUCAAUUACGAAAUUGGGGUUCUUGUGAGGGGUUUUUGGUUCUUUCUCCUGCUUGUGUUAGAACAUAGAAGUUAGAAUUACUGGAAACAAAACCCGAAAACCUUGAAGGAGAGUGUAGGGAAUAAGAAAGUAGGAAAAUUGUUGGUCUGAUUUGGACUGUUGUUGAUAGUUUGAAGUUGGUAUGGAAAUGAAUGAUAAAGAUAAAUCGGAAGUUGAGAAGAGGAAUGAAGAACCCUUGACUUACCACCCCCCUGGUAUAUCAGCUGAUUGGCGAUAUGACAUUCCUAAUUACGCUAAUUCAUCAAUGGGUUUGGUGUCGAGUGGGAAUUCUAUGGCUGUUUGUGGAGAUGCAGUUGGUCCUUCCUGUUCCUCCGGUUCAAUGGUGGAUUCAUUUAGUCCAACAGUUUGGGAACAUUCUGUUAACACAGCACCCUUAGGCUUCAGCGAAAUGAAUGUUCAUAAUGGUGCAGGCGUUUCUGAUCCACUAUCAAUGCUCAAAAGUGGCUUAUUUUUACCAAGCAUGUCAGGGAUGCUGCCUCAUAGCUUAUCUCAGUUUCCUGCGGACUCUGCUUUCAUUGAGCGUGCGGCUCGGUUUUCUAGCUUCAGCGGGGGGCAUUUUGGAGAUAUGUUGAAUCCUUUAGGCAUCCAUCAGUCUGAUAGUCCUUAUUUUCGAGGGGGGGCAAUGAUGCAAGGUCCACAAGAGGUCUUGCCAGGAAAUGCCUAUAAAACCUUGGCUGGUAGACAUCCUCAAAAUCCAGAGGCAAGCUUUGCUGAAACCUCCAAAGAUGUUUCCGUGACUCCAGAACAUGGGGCUGUGGAAGGGAAUUCGCCCAAAAACGAGACAAUGGUAGAAAGGUCUCGUGAAGAGGCUAAACAACCUGUUUCCAUGUCUGGAAAUGACUCUGAUGAACCUGAAUUUAGUGGUGGUGCUGCCCAAGAGCAAGGGGUACCUUCAACAGCUAAAACUGCGGGUGGAAAGAAAAGAAAAAGGGGUAAUCAGGAUGCUGAGGCUGAGCGAUCCAAUGGAACUCAGCAGCAUUCCGAUGAAACUAGGAAGAACAUUUCAGAAAUUCAACAGAAGGGAGAACAGAAUUUAACACCAACUGGCAAUAAGUCAAAUGGAAAACAUGUCAAACAGAGUUCUCAGGCUUCUGAUUCAGCAAAGGAAGAAUAUAUACAUGUGAGAGCACGAAGAGGGCAGGCUACUAACAGUCAUAGUCUAGCUGAAAGGGUUAGGAGAGAGAAAAUCAGCGAGAGGAUGAAAUUUCUUCAAGACCUUGUUCCUGGUUGCAGUAAGGUCACGGGUAAAGCAGUUAUGCUAGAUGAAAUAAUUAAUUACGUACAAUCAUUACAGCGGCAGGUUGAGUUUUUAUCAAUGAAAUUAGCAACAGUUAAUCCUCGACUGGACUUCAAUAUUGAGCGUCUUCUCGCAAAAGAUCAGAUGUUUUCAGCAAGAGCUGGUCCUUCUUCUGGUCUUCCGUUUUCUCCAGAGAUUCAAAUGCCUUACCCUUCCCUAAAUCAAACUCAGCCAUCCAUUAUGCCUCCUAGUCUACCUGGCUCUGGAACCUCUUCUGAUAUACUGAGGAGGGUGAUUAAUUCGCAAUUAUCAAAUAUGGGAGGAGGGUACAAAGAAUCCGCUUUGCAGUUACCUAAUGCGUGGGAUGGCGAGCUUCACAAUGUUGUGCAGAUGGGUUUCAAUGCCAGUUCACCCCUUGACAACCAAGAAACAAGCGGUUCAACGCCAACAGGAGUUCCCUCGUCCACUCUUACCGGAGAUUGGAUGCCUGACGUUGAAGGAAAACCGUGAUUUGAAGAAGCUUCAAGAAAUCCCCAACUUAUCGUUUCAAGUACAAGAUGUAUAUUCCUAACAACUCUGUUUCUUAGAGAACAAAUUCCAUCACAAGCUUUUGAUGCUCUUUGUACAUUAAAAUUUGAAGAAUAUAUAAUAAUGCCUUUUAAUGGUUAAGCACAACUCAGAAGUUGGAGAAGCAUAAGGUUGAGGCGUACCUUGAUGUACAACCUCUAAAAUGUCGAAACGUUGCAGAGAAUUAUGUGGCUACUUAUGGGGUUAUUGAUCCUCUUUUGCUUUGGCAUGAGGCCAUGAGGGGAGGGCCGGAGGGGCGACUAGUGUUCAAAAUUUUUUCUUUCUCAUCAAUUCAUCAUAUUUCAGUAUGGAAUGUAAAAUAUAUUUAUCUUUCUCUUAGUUAAUUAUUGUAGAAUGGUGUAUUUUUUGGUUGUUUUGAAUUAUAGUAGUCAUGCACAGGUAGUUUGCUAAUCCUGCAAGAACAGUGAACCAAAAAAAAAAACAAGCAAAUUAAUACUACGUACUUCCUUCAUCUUUAA